AUGGCCAAUGCCAAGCCAAGGAACCAGCAGCGGAGCCAAGGAUUCCUCAGCCGUAAGCAGACGUUUCUGUCCAAGGACGACAAGUCCAGCGCGGGCGGAAUCGACGCGCACGCAAGGGAGGUCUGCGCGGCCAUCAACGAGCGCGAGGACGCCUUCACCACGUCGUCGUGCUCGGGCCGGGCCUUCCUCUGGAGGGGCCAGGGGGUCAAGAGCACCAGCAACUUCCUGAGGUACAGGGUCACGCACGAGCUGAUCCCCGAGGCGGAGCCCUACUUCGAGCUGGCGGGCUUGGGGGCCGAGGUCGUCGAUGGGGCCUGGGAGGAGCAGGUCCUCCGCACGCGCGUGAAGGCGCCACAGCAGGCGCGGCGGCCCGCGCCCAGCUGCCUGGCGGCCCUGGCCGCGUGCUCGGAGGGACUGUGCCGGGGCCGGUGCGGCAGUGGCGCCGCCGCGGCCGGGGCCGCCGGGCCCCGCCCCGAGGGCGACCCCUCGGUCUGGCUGCGCUUCGAGCCCUUCAUCCUCCAUGUGUGCUGCCGGGACUUUGCGGCGGCCGCGGCCGUCAUCGCCGCGGCGCGCCAGGCGUUCAAGAACGUCGGGGUGCAGAGCUGGUCCGAGGGGAAGGUGAUGCUCGCGAUCUGGGGCGACGAGGGGCUGGACAUGGCCCUCACCGACGGCUCUGGCCGGCCCCUGUUCGUGGGACAGGCGGGGUGGCUGCAGGAGCUCGUGAACAGCCGCCACAGGAGGAACUGGGCCAAGAUCGACAGGUUCACGGCAGCGCUGAGGGAGGCGGCGCAAACGCCCGCGGCCAUCGGCGCCGCCAGCGGGCCAGGCAGCGAUUGCUCCGGCAGCGAGCAGGGCGCCGGGGCGGCCGAGGAGGGGCUGGUCGGCGACGACUGCCAGCCGAGGCCCGCGAGGGCAGCGCCGAGGCACUUCGACGUGGUCGGGGACGUGGCGGUGCUGUCGGCGCUGCCGGAGGGCUCCGAGGCGGGCGCGGUGGGCCGCGCAGUGCUGAAGGAGAACGCGAGAGUGAAGGUCGUGGCCCUGCGGCAGGGGGCGCUGCAGUCGGAUCACCGCAAGCCAGGGCCUCUCCUCGUCAUCUCGAAGGAGGGACGAACUGGCACAGACAUACGUUUUCGGACCCUGAGAUCAUGGCGUUGCAAUUUUUCCAAAGUGGGCGUGUUCGCCCUGUUCCAGGACCUGGCACUAUCACGGAUCGAUCUGGCUCGCAGAAUGCAGCAGAAAGAUUAG